AUGUCGACCUCCCCGACCCUACCUGAUUCCGGUAGUUUGUCAUCGUUCCAUUCUCCAAAUGAAGAGUUUUUUCCACGUUCAGCCGGACACCACCGGGGGUUUUCUGGUGCAGCACAUUCCGGAGAUGUCUGGAACUCAGAAGAUCAAUCUGAACGGAACUUGGAUAUUAUUCCUGGCCUAGCAUAUUUUGCUUUGGCGUCAGAUAUUCUUGGUGAUGUGCUGGGCGGCGGUGGUCUGAAACAUACACAAGCUUGUCUGCUCGCGGCCCUGUAUACUGGCCAGCUCGCCCGCCCAUUUUCCAGCCAUGCUUGGAUAUGUGAAGCUUCAAGAGCCUGCCAAAUUCUUCUACGACCCCGUACAUUUGAUCGUAUUCCGAAUGGAACGCGCCAGAAGGAGCUAAUCAAUUUUGCCUUUUGGACAUGUUUGCAACUUGAAAGCGAUAUUCUCGCGGAACUUGAUCUUCCAGCUAGCGGGAUAAGCCGCUUUGAAGAUCGGUUUUCCACUCACGCCGGUCUCUUCAUAAGUACAAAUGAACUGCAAACUCCCGACCCACUUACCAUGAUCUACUAUGUUGCGCAAAUUCACUUACGGAAGGUCCUGAAUCGCGUCCACACAGAGUUAUACAAAGCUGAGUCGCCUGAUUCUAAGGGACCAAAAGUAUCUUGGACGACCAAAGUACAAGAAGCCUUGAGUUGUAACCUCGAAGCAUGGAGAACCGGACUGCCAGAUAAUAUGCGAUGGGAGGAAUCCGACCCUCCUUCCAACAACAUUAUCAUCGCACGAAUGCGCGGGAAGUACUACGGGUGCCGCUACAUUAUCCAUCGGCCCUUAUUGCACCAUGCCCUGCAUCCAAUGUCCAAAUACCUCCCAGGGGCUGCCAAUUCCAUCGCACCAAGCAGCCCUUCCAACAUGUCCAGUUCACAGUCACAGGCUUCACCACCGUCUGCUCACCCAGCUCAUCUUUCACAAAAUAUGGAACGGUUCCCAAAUGACAUGGGUCCUCCCAGUAGACCAGGGAUGCUCCCUGAUCACCAACAACUUUCGCUCAAAUCUCUUGACUCGAAGGUCCGUAAGGCUUGCCAGGCGUGUAUUGACGCGGCAAUACAGAGUACGAUAGCAUUUGAUGGCGUCCAGGGACGACCGGUUGUCACUAAUAUCUUUGGAACGGCACAUGCACUCAUUCUGGAAUAUCCUGACCAAAUUACCGCUGACGGGGACAUGACUUGA